AUUCAUAACAAUUCUUCAGGCCGCCUACACUUCUUCCCGAUUGUACGAUCCAAGUCCAUGGUAGUGCUAACUUACUGUCAAAUACUCACUAAUUACCGUUAUGUUCACAUCCCAUAUAUUGGGUGCGGAAGUGUUUGGAGUUUGUCCUGUCUUGUUAAAGUAAGUUAAGUUUCGCGAUUUAGUGCUUUAAGUAGAAAUAUUAUCCGAGAAGUAUGACAUCAGUAAAGGCGGAGAAAUCAGCCACGGAGCAAAGUAAUGAGGACAAAACUUUCCAAGAUGCAACUUCUCAGCUGUUCGAUUUGAGGACAACAAAAGGCCAGGUUCUAUUUCUCAUUGUGACGGUGCUAAUAUCUUGUUGCAUUCAAUUGCUGCCAAAAGACACGUUCCCUUCGUUUUACACAAAAUUUUCACCCUCUUCAACAUUAAAUCCAACUACUUCCAAUUGUUCAGAAGCAACCAUCCCAUUAGAAUCAAUAAAACGGCCAAAGUAUGCUAUAUACGGACGAAGUCGAAGUGACGAACAUCUGAAGCAUGUUCAUGGCGUCCUUCAGCGAUUGGGUCUUGAGCAAGUUGCUUUCGAUGAUGAAUGGGAUGUAUUGUGGGCCCACGACUACCCAUUCCGGGUGCAUGCUCCAAGAAUGAAAAAUCUCAAACCACAUCAAAAAGUCAAUCACUUUCCUGGCUGCGGGUACAUAACAAGCAAACUUGAAUUGUCUACAACAAACGUGCCACACGUUCCGAAGUCAUUUAAACUGCCGCUGGAAAAGGAUAAGUUUCUGGAGUACACAAAACAACACCCUGCUAAGCUUUUCGUCCAAAAGCAUAAUGAGCACCGACACAUUUACAUAAAGUCUGUAGACGAGAUAGAUUUUAAUUCUAAUGAGACGUUCAUUCAGGAGUUCAUACAUAAUCCUUACUUGGUGGACGGUUACAAGUUCGAUAUUGGCGUUUAUGUGAUAAUUACCAGCGUCGAUCCCCUGAGAGUCUACAUCUACAAAGGAGACGUUCUUUUUCGUUAUUGUCCAGUGAAAUACCAUCCGUUCGAUGCGAAAAAUGUUGACAAAUACAUAGUAGGUGACGAUUACCUACCUUCAUGGGAAGUUCCGUCGCUCUCACCAUAUUACAAUGACUUAGGUUUCGGCAUGAAAGAUUCGUUCGAUGCAUAUGUUCGUAGCCAUAACCAGGAUCCAGAUAUAAUCUGGAAGAAUGUAGAAGAAGCCAUUUUAUCGAUAAUUCUGGAAAAGGAGAAACAUAUUGUGGACAUAUUGAAAAACUACAAAUCCAAACGCAAUUUCUUCGAAAUGAUUCGCUUCGAUUUAGUAAUUGACGACAAACUGAACGCGUAUUUAAUGGAAGCAAAUAUGAGCCCAAAUCUCUCAUCAGCACAUUUUAAAAUGAAUACGUUACUCUACGAACAGGUGCUCUAUAGUUUGUUGAACCUAAUAGGGAUUGGAAGUCCAGUGAAAAGAAGCUCAUUUAAAAAAAGAACAAACAAUGUGGAGGAGAUGAUAUCAGCCGAGAAGAAUAUAGUGGUUCACGCAGAAAUCUGUGCUCAAUCGCCUUGUACCGAAUCCUGCAGUACUGUCGAAUGUAAACUAUGCAAGCCGUGCUUGUCAGAUGAAGAUCUAGAUAGUCUACAUAGUGCCUUCAGAGAGCAUAUACAUAGAGUAGACACAAAACGAAUAUUUCCCGUUCGAAUAGGUAAGGAAUCGGAUUACGAUUUCGAUAAAGCCACGAAAGAUCUUACGCAGUCGAAUAAAAUGAUGUCUUAUUGGUUUCACGGGAAAUGCAAAAUGGAGUCAUCUUGGUGUACUUAACAGUAAAACUAAACCAACUUUGCCCGAAUAAAUUAGAUGUAUUUUAUUUUAACCAAAUGUAUUCCCGUUUAGUGUCUUCAAUAAAGAAAUUUUGAUUAUUUUAGUAAAA